AUGUUCCAACACAAACCCAGCGAGGCGAACUUCCUCAACAGCCAGGCAGAUAAAGACUACCGCUUCGCUCUUCCGGGAUUCAACCGGCCGCUAGACUUUGCUCCGCUCGAGAAAAACAUAUAUGGCGUUGAAAGUCGGAGUAUGUUUCCAUCUGCGCUGGAUGAUAGGGACAUCGAAGCAGGAUACGUGGACCUACCCGUAUUGACUCUCCGCGAGAUCCAUAUGGUAGAGUUCAUGGAGUACCUGACUGAUAUUCCUGAGUGGUGGAAAAAGGUCUUUGACCCCAAAACACAAGAGGAGUGGAAAAAGGCCGCCUUGGACAGUGGCAAAGACAUUACGCUCAACAUGGCUGAAUGGAUUAUUGACGAGCUUCAAUUUAAAGCCAUGAUCUAUGAGACCACAGAUGUUGUCGCCCUGUACAGCGGCGAUGUCACCAAGUCCGACACGAACUUGCCUGAUUCACUCUUGCGCGAUAUGUGUACCCAGUUCAAAGUGCUAGAGUACGAUUUUAAAGAAAUGCAGUACUACCAUCCAGGAGGUCUAGGCAAAGAGCGUGACCUCAUUUCUAUGGCAUUGUACCCGCUUGUUUACGGCACGAGUCGCAUUCUCACCGACAGGAUCAUUGGGCUUGAUGACGCCCUCAAGUACGCCGGCAAGGGCGAGGUGAUCCCAUGUCCAAAAGAUACUGGAAUAACCAGAGAAGAUAUUGCCUGGCGCGUCUCGGCCCGGUCAGAUAUCAAGGUUCGACCUUACAGCCGAAAUUACCAGAUCCUUCCUUCAGACUGGGAACUUCGUGAGGAUGGCCAAUGGCAUAUAGCCACAUACAUCAACAACCUGCACCCAGUGAAACAUAGGAACAUCUACAAGCUCCUCGAGCAGGCUUUCAAUUGCGUCAUUCCGCAGUGGAACGCAACUUUGACUCCCCUCAAGGACAUGCUUCAUUCCCGAGCUCGAAUCGAAUACCACAAGGCAGAGUAUUACCCAGUCCCAAAGGAAGUUACUGCCCAGGCACCUCAGAUACAGCCAAGAGAGGCUCAAACUGAGUUCGACGAGCGCAUGGACAAGUGGAGAAUGGAAAACUACCGGGCUAUCCAACCUGACGUAGGCAAGUUCAUUCCCUGGGCAGUUCCACCCUGGUUGAUGGACAAACUGCCCAAGGAUCUGCCCAGCGCCGUUCGGAUUGAACGAGGCGUUGAUCUCAACCGGGACUACAAGGAGCGUGGAUUGCAAGUGAUCACACGUUUAUUGGGUGUUGAUCUAACUCCAGAAGACCCGUCUUUCGAGACAGACUGGCAUGUCGAGGGCACGAUGAACGAGCACAUCUGCGCCGCAGCCAUCAUAUCAUACGACCACACCAACGUACUCGACCCAUGCAUGCAAUUCCGCAACAUGGUAGAAUCCGACAUGCUCUCAGAAAUCGAGCACGAGCCAAACGACUUCAUCUGGCUGCGACAAGUCUUUGGUUUGGAAAACGGCGAGCCGGCCAUCCAAUACCCAGGUUCGAUCCAAGCUGGAGUAGGCCGGGUGAUCAUGUACCCGAGUACUAUACAACACAAGUUCACACGCUUCGAGUUGAAGGACAAGGCUAAGCCUGGGCACGCACGCGCCAUGGUGUUUUUCCUUGUCGAUCCUAAUAUCCGUAUUAUCUCAACGGCCAAUAUCCCGCCGCAGCGUCUGGAUUGGGCUAAGGACAUACCGGAGACUAAGCAAGGGGUUAAGGCAGAUUUGGCAAAGGCGGCCCUUGAUAAUAUGAAGUCCAAGGGUGAUAUGCCGAUGAGUUUGGAGGAAGCUAUGGAUACGAGGCUGAAGGUUUUACAGGAGGUCGAGGAGUUUACUCGCUAUCAGCAUGUGGCGUACGAAUCGAAUGUUUUGAUGCUGUAA